AAUAGUGUAUUGAGGAGGAGGAAGAUAAACAUAAAGAUUUGGGUCUCCGUUCUCCGCGAAAUCCCUAGCGGAUUGAGAUGACGAUGGCGCUGUCACUGGGUCAGAACUCCAUUUCCUCGCUUCCCUUUGUUAGACAACACAGGCACACCCCAAGUCCUUCUUCCACUUGCUUGAGCUUCAAACCUCAAGCCCUCCCUUCUUCACCCAGCCCAAGUCUUACUUGUACUACGAAAUGCACUCGCACGCUGUCCACGCUGAUGGGACUCGCCCUGUUGCUGAUGAAGAAGGCGGCCACUCCAGUGUUGAGCAUCAACAGCGACAGCGUGUCCACGAUGGGCACUUUGUUCUUCGCUUCCCUUCGUGACCGUCCGAGUGCUAGUGGAGCCCUGAACACGCCGCUGACGGUUGUGGCGGCGGGGCUGGGGAAGUGGCUUGACAUAUACAGCGGUGUUUUGAUGGUUAGGGUUUUGCUGAGUUGGUUCCCAAACAUCCCCUGGGAGCGGCAGCCUCUCUCGGCCAUCCGAGACCUCUGCGAUCCUUAUCUCAACCUCUUCCGCAACAUCAUCCCCCCUGUUUUUGACACCCUCGAUGUCAGCCCUCUUCUCGCCUUCGCCGUCUUGGGCACCCUUGGCUCUAUUCUUCAGACUGCUAUGUGAAUUUCUCUCUUUUCUUUUAUAGCAUCAACUUCGUACUUUUAUCUUUCCAUGUUCCCCUUGCUUGCACCAAUACCAAUAAUUCAUAAUCCCAUUCCUAUUAUGAUAUAUUUACUUAUUUAUGCGCA